GAGCCCCACCUGCGCCCACGUGACCGUCCUUACCUUCCCAAUCCCGGACGUCUGCGAGAGAGGAGAGCGCUGGCUCGGAGCUCCUGCCGCCUGCUCCCGGGCCGCAGAAGCCAUGGCUUCGCAGGCUGGCCGAAGGUUGCGAGGUCGGCGACCGGAGACGGUGGUGGCCGGGGAGGCGCUGGAGACCGACUCGGCGGCGUCGUCGUCAGAGGAAGAGGAGCUGUACCUGGGCUCGGCCCCGCUGUGCCGGGGCCGCCCCACGGGGCUGCGCGUGGCCGGGGAGGCGCCCGAGACUGACUCCGAGGAGGAGCCGGCGACCCUGGUGGCUCAGGGCGAUCUGCCUCCGCUUGUGGUGGUUCGGGAACCAGAGUGGGCGGAAGAGGAGGCUCCCGCGGCCCCCUUGUUCCACGGCUCGGCCCGGGCUUCGCUGCUGCAGCACCGGCUGGCGGAGAGCCAGGCUCGCCUGGGCCACGAUGUGAGCGCCGCCGUACGCGGGGUCUACCGGCGAGCCGGCCUCGAUGUGGCCGGCUUGGCAGCCCGGUUGGCUGCAGCGCAGGCCGUGGGCUUGGCAGCGGCCCACAGCAUCCGCCUGGCCCGGAGCGACCUGUGUGCCUUGGCCGAGCGCCUGGACAUUGUGGCCAGCUGCCGCCUGCUGCCCGACAUCCGAGCUCCGGCCGAGCCGGGUCCCAGCCCCCAGGCUUAGCGGAGCCGCAGCCCCCUCACCCAUUCCCUCCCUCCCCCCCUUCCCGGCUGGGCUCCCCCUGGUGGCUGGUAUGGGCCCCUCACUGGCUUGAGGAGCGGGAAGUGUGGCCGAGGGGCGGUCUCAUCCUCCAUACUUUCAAUAAAGUGUGUUUGCAAAA